AUGCCUUCCAACGCCAUUACCACAACUGCUGCUGCUGCCACUGCCAACCAGGCGCUGAUUGCUCUUCUUGACAGGCUGAAUCAGCUGGUUGAACAGGUCCUGCGGUCCCAGUCAGAAGAGGAGAAAAUGGGAUUGAGCCGGACCAUUGCGUCUCAAUUGAACGAUGCAAUCCGUUCUUACCAGACAGUGGCUACCUACAUCCCCCUUCACCUGCUGUCAAUGGCAGCCGAAAUCCAUCGGGCUCAGAGGGGUACCAUGUGCUUGGUGCAAGUACCGGAUUGGAAUCUAGUUGGGAGCAAUGAGGACAUCUGCCAGGGUCAUCCCUUAUACCCCAAGACAUUGGGUCCGGCACCCAAUCACCUGCACCACCUUCCCUGUUGCCUCCUUCAAUCGCUACUUUACCGGCUCCCAGUACAACAAUUGGCAUCCCUGGAGUGCCAGCCCCCCCGUCCGGUCAAGAAGGCCCGGAAGGCUGCCCAGAAGUCAAAGUGGAUCUUGACCGACACCGAUACUGACACUGAUCGGAUCCGCAUUGGGAAUGGUAAGGUGAAAGGCAAAGGGAAAGGGAAUGCAAAGGGAAAGGCAAAGGCAAGGUCACCGUCACUGGAUAGUGACAUUGAGCAAAUGACAAUCGAUGUUGAUGAUGAUCUGGAAGUUAAUACCCGGAAUUCAACACGCAACAUGAUGAAUAAGCCGAUAUUUAUGUUCACAGAAAUUACGGGCGUGGUCAUCAAUACACGGCUGAUGCCACCUGCAACAGCGGAUGUGACUGAUUCAGAAUACGAACCAGAGGAAGAUGAUGAAGAUCGAAUGGAGCCCACUGAUGACUCCCAAUCCAAGCGAAAGCCAAAUGUCAAGCCGGCCAAAGGAGAAGAACCGUCCAAGUCUGGCAAAUAUGGCGCAGGAGCUGACCAGCCCAAGGUGAAGGGCAAGGGCAAGCGUCCACAUCCGAAACCCAUUGGUGCACCUCUACUGCCAUGUGAGAGAUGCACGAUAAUGCACUUGGAAUGUGAGAGCUGGGUGACCAAGAGGGGUGAGGUUGCCCAUACUUGCACCCUUUGCAAUAAAUGGAGGAUGAAAUGCAUCCGGCCGAUGCAACCGGACACACCUGCAACUGGUACCGGUACGACCACCACGCCUACCCCGCCUGUCACACCCAUCGCCACUCGAUCAAAGACCACCGCAAAGAGCAAGACUGACAUUAACGCUCAGCAUCCGAGUCCCAUCCCAGAGGAACCGGAUGUCAAUGUUGAGAUGGACGCUGGAGUCACAACCACCGGUCUUCCCAGUACUGCCCCAGAUGAAGUACCUGCGGUAUCUGCAGACAAUUUUUGUGUGGACCGGUGGAUCGAACUUAUGGAUGACAGCAUCUUACCUCCAGCACCAUUCAUGGACACACCGGACGAUAUCCGGUACUCGCCCAUCUAUCCGGCUCGUACUCAAAGACCUCCCUCCCCUCCAACUACUUCGAUACCUCUUCAGUCUCACCAGCGUCCCUGUCUUUUAACUGAUUUGGAGAUGCAAGCCAUGUUGGCCCAAAUUCAGAUCAACAUGGAUCAGCUCCGCACAUGUGAUGACAUGAUUCAUGAUGAGCUGUCUCAUUGCAUCGACCGGCUGCAAGCUGACUAUACAGAGCAAUUGAACAGCCAGAAGGGACUGGUGGAUCACUUGACUGUUCAGAUGGGCGGCAUUGCCCGGUACCUCAGGGACAACUCAAGAACCACUGCAGCAAUGGCCUCAACUCCACCCUCAUUCAAUCCACCACCCAUUGUCAUCCCCGGUACCCCCAUAUUUCCUGAGAUUGGCUCCAUCAGUGCCUUGGGUCGCGCCAUCACCAACAAUGUCUUUACUCCAGAUGUGUUUUCAACCAAUGCACGCCCUGGUGGCAAUGGCUCACCGGUCACAAGGCAUGAGCAGGCACCCGCACCCGCCUCUACCUCUACCUCCACCAUCAACCCUGUGCCUACCACAGGGGAAUCCGGUCCACCCAUGCAUCCGGUUGGUGCACUUCUGGUACCACCUUCCACUGUCCCAAUGGAAUCUAUGCCCUCUACUAGCACUCUUCGCACGUUCAUCACCGGGCCAUCAAAUGUGCCAGCAGAUGGUCAGUCCAUCUCAGCUCCUUUGCCCAACCGGUCAUUUGCACCUCAAUCCCGUCAACAAGGUCGGUCAGUGAGUGCUAGGCAUGCUAAGAACACUUCCGGUAAUGGGCCCAAGUAA